GGCAUUCAAACUGUCGCCCUUCCAUAUGCGCCCGCGCAGGCAAUCCAAUAAAUAGACAAGAGCGCCGCGAGGCCGCUACGUACCACCCGCAACCUCGACCAGUCCACACGGACCGGCACCACUAAGAAAUUACCAGCCCCUAACCUCAACGAUGCUGCUAGCGUGGGUGGCGAUGGCGGCGGUGGCGGCGGCGGGCGUGCAGGGCUACUCCAGCGGAGCCCCGGACAGCGCCUGCCAGGACAUGGUCCCGCGGCACCCCGUGUCUGCGCAGAAGUCCGCGGCCCCCUACAGCAUCACCACCAGCUCUAAGGUGGUGAAGGCGGGCCAACCACUCCAGGUGGUGAUCUCGGGGCGAGGCGCCUCCAACACCAUCCGCGGGCUGCUGCUGCAGGCGCGGCAGGGAGGCAAGCCCGUCGGCAAGUUUACCGUCGCCCCCAACGACUCCUUCGCCAAGACUGUCGACUGCGGCGGCCCUGCUACCGCAGUGUCCCACAAGAAGCACGACGAGAAGGACGACCCGCAGACCGUGACCUACACCUGGACGCCGCCGGCCGGCUUCAACGACGAAAUCAAAUUCAGAGCUACGAUCGCACUGAACGGAGCCGUGUUCUGGGUCGGAGUGGAAUCUGCUCCAAUCAAGGUUUCUAGCUAAAUAAGUGUAAUAAUAUGCAUAAAGUAUUUGAAAUAUGUACAUAAAUCUUCACAUUUUCAUCAGUAUUUACCAAAUGACAUGCUAUGUAGUGAUUUAAUAUAUUUUUAUAAUAAACUUUUCUUCUAAACUAAU